AUGCCUGGAGAAACGGUGGCGGAAAGACGCAAGAAGGUUCUAGUGGGUGAGUUACCAGAAGACUUUCUGCGUUUGACCCUUCCAUCGUCGUCGGGACAGCCUGUGAUUCACCAGGUGGCUCCUGGCGUCCAGGUCCAGUAUGCACAGCCAAAUCCUCUCUCGUUUGUGCCACCAAAUACACGCGGGCGCGUCUCCGUGACCGUCAUCGAAGCUAAUCUCGUCAAAAACUAUGGACUGGUGCGCAUGGAUCCUUACUGUAGAGUGCGAGUUGGCGAGGCUGUUUUCGAGACACCGACAAAAAUUAGUGGAGGCCGUCAACCGGUGUGGAAUCGAAUCGUGCACGCGUAUCUUCCGAAUGGCGUCGAGAGCGUCUACGUGCAAAUAUUCGACGAGAGAGCUUUUUCACAAGAUGAGUGCGUUGGAUGGGCACAUGUCAUUCUCCCGCAGGGUGUUUUUGCGGGAGAGACAAUCGAUGAUUGGUUUCCGUUAUCUGGACCGCAGGGUGAAGGUAAAGAGGGGAUGAUCCACCUCGUGCUCGCCUUUCGUCCAUUCCAAACGCAACAACAAAUCCCACAACAGCAACAGAUGCCACAAAUGCCCCCGAUAAGGGAAGAGGAUGUGCAAGAGUUGAAGGGAAUGUUCGCAACGGUGGAUGAGGAAGUGAUCAGAAGCAUUUUGGAGCAACACGGGGGCGACAAAAACGCUACUUGCAACGCGCUUUUGGAGAUGAUGAGU